AUGUCUAAAGAAUAUAAAGAACUUCCCACUAACGCGCCAAAUAAGAAAGUCCAAAAACACAAUUUGGAAUACUUUAAUGAUCCUGAGUUUGAAACAAAGGAUAUAAAUGAAGUAGCCUCUCUAUUACUAGACACAUAUAAAACUUGUAAUGGAAGACGAUUUUUGAAUGGUGAUGAUACAAAUAGCAUAUUUCCAUCUGAUAAAAUAGAACUUGAAAGAUCAACACUGUCACAUUUAUUAACUAAGCAUCAGUGGAAAGGAAAUUUUCGUUCGCCGAUUAAAGAAAAGUUGAAAAUGGGUGGUUCUACUAUUCUUGAUGUUGG